CUGAGUGAGGAGUGAAGUAGCCAGUAAAUAAAAGGAAGAGGGUAGGUAAUUAAAAAAUAAAAUGAAAAGAAGGAACUAUCCGGAAAAAAAAAGAAAUAAAAAAAGAAGGAACUAUGCAGCCAGUAGUCAACAGGGCACUGCACACCAUAGCUGUAGGAAGGGGUGCAGUUGUCAGAUGCAUUUUCUUAUGCCUGUAGAGGGACUUAUGCAUGAAGUGGUGGAUGGAGAAGAAGAGCUGGAGCCCUCAAGUGGCUGGGGGUUUGCUGAUGUAAUCAAGACACUGGCUUUGAAGUCAGAGGAGGUGAUCUCCACGUACCAGCGUGACUUGCAAGAGUUCGGAUUUGGCCUGAAGAAGGAGACCGAGACAGUGGUUGAUGCCACAACUAACGUAAUCGCUGAUCUUCCACAGCAGCUUGCUGUUGGAGGACCAUCUUCUCAGCGUAGGAGAACGGAAGGCACAGAAACAGAUGAAGAUCCUGGGGGAGUUGAUGACAGGCAGCCUGUGCACAACACAUUAGAGGUUGCGGCGAAGACGGCAGGGGAGGUGGUAGAGGUUCUUGAGGAAUCGCUCGAGACUGUUGGGCAGACGAUUGAGGAUAUUGGGAGCUCAGUAUGGAAAGGAACAGCAGAGAUCUUCGCACAGGUUAGAGAAGCGGUGGCUCAGGUGGAAGAGGAGGCGGGGAAGAAUUCAAAGCUUGGUCGAAGCACGAGCACUACUAAUUUCGCGACAUCUGCAAUUACUCGUGGGUACCGCGGAGCCAUCUAUGGCGCUGGGCAGGUCAGUGGCAUGCAAAGGGACAGUGGGACUUACUGCGAUGAGCCAGAUGACGCAGAGGAUUACUCUGCAUGGAAGAGCACAUUCAGGCUUGUUGACAAGAAAGGUGACAUCGAUGCAUUGCUGAAGGAGAAUGCCUUCAUGCAGGAGCUUCAGUCACGAAUCGUGCCUUUGAUUGUGGAGUACGACACUUUCUGGACUCGUUACUUUUAUCGGCUGCACAAACUGCAGCAAGCAGAAGAUGCACGUGCUGACCUUGUGAAACGGGCCACUACAAACGAUGAGGAAGAGCUGAGCUGGGAUGUCGAUGAUGCAGAGACUCCAAAGGAAUCCCGCCCCGCGCAGGCAAGCACGUCUCAGAGCUCAGUAGCUGUGCUGCCUGCAGAAUCUGUAGUCUCUGAACACGAUGAAUCGGGCACCCUGACAAACGACGGUGGUGGGGACCACCAAGAUGGAGGUCAUUUUAAACAGUCUUCUGGGGAGCUGGUGCAAAGCGAGAGCAGACCAGUGUCUGUUGAGAAAGAUAUGAACAAGGUACAGGGGGCAGCCAGUGAGCAUGUAGCGGUUGGGUCAGGACUUGAAGGUGCGAGAGAGACGGCCGUUGCCCAGACAGCGAAACCAGAGGCCGCGAAUGUGAGUCCACGAGGUGCACCGCACGGUCAGGAUGUGCCAGAAGAAGUUGAUUCUAAAAGCGAAGCAAGUGGUGGGAGUGCGGAGAGCGACUGGCUUGUGGUAGAUGACAAAUCGGAGGGGAAAGCACCUUCCGACAAGGCCGGCAGCCCAUCGUGUGCAAUGGCUUCAGCAGGAAAGGUUGGGGGGGGGGGCGCAACCGCUGAAAGAGGGCCGGAAACGGCGAAAUUGGCGAUAAAAAAAGUCGACGAGCCUCAGCUAGAGGAAGUUGAUGAGCUUGCUAUGGAGGAGUUGGAAAUAGAUGACGACAAGUUGAAGCAGAUGGUUGACAGUGGGAAAUACGCGGGAUUGGCCAAGGCCGCCGCUACAGAUCCAAAACCUGAUAAAAAAGGAAGUGGAAACAACGAUGAUCAAGAAGAGGAUUGGGGAGAAUGGGAAUGAUCGACAACGCGUUAAUCCAUGCAAGGAGCUCAGGGCUAGUAGUACGUCUUCUGCUUUCUCAUGGAGCGGAACUGGAACGGACAGUUCAGGAGGGCGAUGAUGCCGAUGCACCCCCAUUUGCACGUAGAGCGUAAGCAUUGUUGUUUCCAGGAAUAUCGUAUUUGCUCAAGUGUUCUUCUGAAAGUGGAAAAUUAUGAAAAGCUCAUGGGUGCAGUUUGCGCAUUUCGUCCUCUUCUUUUCAAAAACAUCAGUGGGAAGAUGAGUGUCGGUGUCCGCGAUAUUGGCAUACUGUCAGCUUGCAGAGAUGGCAGACUCGGUUUCGAACUCAGGACUCAAUUGUACAGAAUAAGAACGGUUAUGCCGAAAGGCUGAAAAAACGAUGGCCCAACCGUUUAUCGGCAAGGACAAUGAUGCUGGCAAUCUUGUGCACAUCUGCAGUUGUUUGGAGACUGCAGCAUUCGGGACGGGGAACAUUAAUUGGCCCGUUUUGUGUUGGGAGAAAGGGGGAAGGAGAGAGAGGAGAAAGGGGGAAGGAGAGAGAGGUGUAAGGAAAGAAAAGGAAUAAGAAGGGGUUGUCUUCAUGGGGGUUUGCGCAGUGCUGAAGGCUAGAGUGCCGCCUUUCUUCAGUGUCGUUGAUGCGCAGGUAGUGAAGGGAUGCAAUUAGAAAAAGUGCACAUCUUCCACUAUGCUGCGCAUCUUCUACUUCUAAGCUACAUUCUAUUAGAUGAUGCACUUGGGUAUGUAAGGAGGAAGAACUGGGGAAGGAGUGUUGCAGAGUCAGGUAUAAGGAGGAAAAGAAGGUGGAAGGUGACCGUUCGGUGGUUUUUGAUGCGAUUUGAGCUUAUUAGCUGCUGUAGGAGGUGGAGUUGGUAUCCUACUAUCCUCUCUCUACGAGACGUGCGGAUAUGCAUCUUAUGGUAUGGGCAUCAAUGGAUGAUUAGAAAGGGACCAAGGUGCUUCUGUGAAAGUGUUUUGAUGAUGAUGUUGCGAGGAGAUAGCACGAGUUGCUUGCUGUUACACGACAUUGCUGGUUAAGAAUGUUCCUGGCGUGAGGUGGUUUCGAACCCUAUGAUGUUCCGUGACUUCCGUCAAUGGAUGAUUAGUUUUUAUGUUUUUCAUGAAUCUGAACACAAAGGCAACAAAUGUGCUUCUGAAAAAGUGAGUUGGUGAUGGUUGCUCAGCACAGUUUAGGAAGGAGUCUGGUGUGCCGGUGAUUGAUGUCGAGAAGUGAUUGACGUGGAGAACUGGUUAUAGGCCUCGCUCCACGACUCUCGCGAUGCACAAAAGACAAGAAAUAUGGCGGUGUAUCUUUGCAUAUGUUCUAGCGGAAGAUUUGUUCUCAGUUUGCACAUUCGGUGAGUUGUGGAGCGAGGCCCUAUGUAUUCCGUCGAGAUGGACAUCGAGGGCGCAAAGGUUCAUAUGGAAAUUACGACGACAUCAUGAGAAGAUCUAUCCGUACCGCUUCGUUUCACUUUCCUUUAAUGUGGUUGUUAUAGUGGCGAGGAAGAUGCUGUGGACAUUUCUCUCUUGUGUAGAGGAGAACCUAUUUGAUAAGAUCUCGUCGGUCAAAUGUCGAAUGGAGGGUGCGAACUCUUUAGUCUUGCUUUGGAAAGAGACACCACGUUGUUAUUGUGACUUCAAUGAUAUCUGGAAUGUGGAACGUUACGGUAGGGGGAACGUGACUUGAAAGGACCGUCUGGUGAAAUUUGAAGUACGCUGACUCACUGAAAGUAUCGGGGAAGCAUGAGUGUUGCAGGUGAUCAUCUGCAGGCGAUUUGAUGCAGAUCAAUGGUUUGCCUAGAUGGAUGGAUAUAUGCCUUAAUGGAUUAAUGGUGAGGUGGAGAAGGGUAACAGUGGGGUUGAACUUCACUAGAAGAGGUACGUGGGGGACGCGCAAUCAAACAAUCAGGUGCAGUUCAGCUCUGUGAAUCUCAAGUCAUAUAUGAGCAACCAUUUUCAGUGCGAAUAGACGGUGGACGACGCGUGGAUCGUUAAUGAAGUGAUGCGGUCGCAUUUGGGAUAAGGCACAAGAUGGCGAAGAGGUUUUCAGAUGGUCGACCGCGUCGCGCCUGAGAAAGCACACAGGACGUCAAGAGGUUUUCCUAUUCCCCCAUGCUGCGGCUCAAGAAGGUGGGUGAUGAUGGGGUGAAUACUCUCGUCAAGCGGCGUGGGUCAUCAGGGGAGAGACUUUGCCUUGGCUUCUGCGCAGCGACAGCUUUCGUUGAAGUGCCUCUCAGCAAUCUGGAACUCUAUGUGGAAAAGGAGUCUGGGAAGGGCGGCAAAUCUUCAAUUGCCAUGUUCUUCUUUUUGUACAUAAUGUGGUUGGAAAGUGUGGUCCCCACGAGUCGGUGGCUCUUUUUAUUCUUCAAAAAAGCUCGUGUGUGAUGCGUAAGAUUGCGUGUGAGUCGGCGUGAUGGAUUUCAAAGUUGAAUGGGUAUUUCUGAUUUUAUGCGCGUGCGGCGUUAUGCACAGACAUAAGUUGUUGCAUUUGGUAGGUUUCUCCAUGGCCACCACCCCCAAAUUGCAGAUGGUCUAAGAUCCUGGUACAUAUUCUGAGUGUAAAGAACUCCACUCUCAGCUCAUGUAUGUGAACAGACACAGGUUGUUGCAUCUUUCAGAUUCUUCGACGUCCCAUGCCGAAUUGCAGAUGGUGCAAAAUGCUGCAAAUAAUUUAAUAAUCCGAGGAAAUAACUCUGUGCUGUAUACGGCUCAAAUUUUAUGAUGCUUCUUUCUUUUCAGUACUUGGAAGUGGCGAAUUUGUGCUGACGGUUUCUUUCCUCCAAAUUGCAGGAGGUACUCGCAGUUUUGUACCUCUUGCCGGUACCCUUCAGUUGAUGCUAGGCCCAGAAAACUCGGCAAAUGACUGGAGAAGGAGAUCCAGCCUGCAAAUCUCAAUCUCCUUUAAGC